AUGAAGUUCACAAGCAGCGCCCUCAUUCUCCUUGCCACAGCAACCUGCUGUGCCACUGCCUUUCAAUCUCCGGCUUCUUCUCAAUCGUCAUCUCUUCGUUCGGUCAUCCACCAUCGAUCCAAUAACAUCAUUCCAUCCUCGUCUUCGUCGUCCUUGAAAAUGGCAGAAGAUGGUCAACAACAACAACAACAACAACAACAACAACAACAACAACCACAACCACAACAACAACAAUCCGAAGUGGAUAAGCUCCGUGCUCAAGCUGCCAAGGCACGAGAAGAUGCUGCCAGACUUUCCAAGGAACUUGGAAAAGAUGACGAGUCCAUGACUGCCACUGCCACAAUGACCCAAGUGAAGGAAACUGCUUCGGUCGAUGAUCUUUUGAAAUCCGUCCAAGGAAUUCCAUUCGAACAAGAAGGUUCUUCUGGCGAUGACGAUAAUAAUAAUAACAACAACAACAACAACAACAACAAUGUUGCCAAACGUCAAACCACCGCCUUGGAUGCCUUGGUCGAAUCUGGUGAUUUGAAAUUAUGGAACUCUGCCAAUGCUGCCACGUCCGUCGCCCUUCGUCCGUUCCCAGUCUCUCUGCAAAAUUUGGAAAGCCGUACGGGUGGGAAACUAACAGCCGAGAAUCUAGGAUUUGGUGGCGAGCUCGAUGUCAGCUUGGACGAUUUCAAAUAUGCCACCCUCGGAGUAACGUUGGGGGCAAGUGUAUUGGGAGUCUUGGCCCUGAGCUUUUUGCCAGAGAACGUUGGAGCUACCGUUUGUUACUUCAUGGCAUUGAUUCCCAUCCUAUUCCUUGGUGUUGGAUCCACUGCACCUGGAUUGAUUGCCGGCGCCAUUCAAGCGACCAGAGGAACUUCCGACAGUGCCGAAGAACAAUUGGAUCGCAUCUGCCGCCACGAAGCUGGUCAUUUCCUUUGCGGGUACCUCUCUGGUCUACCCAUUGCUGGAUAUGCCACUGGAGAAAAUGGAGUCCAAUGCGUCGAAUUCCAUCCGUCCCAAGAAGGACCCGUCACUGGACGUGAAUUCUCGGAAUCUGAAAUUGCCGCACUCUCGUGCGUCUCUAUGAGUGGAUCAGUCGCAGAAGUAUUGGCUUUGGGUAAUGCCAAGGGAGGAGACAAUGAUUUGAUUCAAUUGGAUUCCUUCUUUCGCCGAAGUGAAAACUUUAUUGGAGCACAAAAACAACAAGACUUGACUCGAUGGGGUGCUUUGGCUAGUUACAACUUGAUCAAUGAGAACCGUAGCAAGUACGAUGAACUGGUGGAAGCAUUCAAGGCCAAAAAGUCUGUUCCAGAAUGCAUUGCGAUCCUUGAGAGCCGAUAA